AUGGCCGACGCCACUUCAUCUCUGGCGCAGGACACCGCCAACCUACACCUGGACGAGGUCACGGGUGAGCGAGUCUCCAAGUCAGAAUUGAAGAAGAGACAGAAGGCGAGACAAUUGGAGGAAAAGAAGAAAGAAAAGGCCGCAGCUGCACCACCCAAGGUGGAGAAAAAGAAGGUCACAAAUGCCGAGUUGGACGAGAGCAAUCUCAACCCCAAUCAAUACUUUGAGAUCCGAAGCAAACGGGUCAAUCACCUCCGAGAGACCAAGUCGCCUAGCCCUUAUCCCCACAAGUUCCAAGUCAACACCGAUGUGCGCAAGUUUGUUGAGGAAUUCGCCCACCUGAAGCCUGGCGAGCAGAAGAAGGACGUUGAGAUCCGCGUGGCAGGGCGAGUCUACACCAAGAGAGCUUCCGGCGCGAAGCUGGUUUUCUACGACAUCAAGGGCAAUGGCACCAAGGUUCAGAUCAUGUGUCAAGCGCAAGAGGCCAAAGGGGAUGCCAGCUUUUUCGAGGCCCAGCAUGAGCACCUUCGGAGAGGAGACAUCAUCGGGAUCGUGGGAUACCCUGGUCGAACCGCGCCCAAGAACCGUCCGAACGAAGGCGAACUGUCGGUGUUUGCCAACGAAGUCAUCCUUCUCACCCCGUGUCUACACCAAAUCCCGUCGGAGCACUUCGGUCUGCAAGAUGUCGAGACCCGAUUCCGCCAGCGGUACCUUGACCUGAUCAUGAACGACAAGUCCCGCAACAUCCUCAUCACCCGAGCCAAGAUCGUUUCCUAUAUCCGCAAGUACUUCGAUUCGAAUGGUUUCGUCGAGGUCGAGACCCCGAUGAUGAAUUCGAUUGCUGGUGGCGCCACCGCCAAACCUUUCAUCACACACAUCAACGAGUACCACCAGGAUAUGUUCAUGCGUAUCGCUCCGGAGCUAUACCUGAAGAUGCUAGUAGUGGGCGGUAUCGAGCGUGUCUACGAGCUUGGAAAGCAGUUCCGCAACGAAGGCGCCGACCUGACGCACAACCCGGAAUUCACCACAUGCGAGUUCUACGAAGCCUACGCGGACGUGUACGAUGUGAUGAACCGCACGGAGGAACUGGUGUCAGGUCUAGUCAAGGAAGUUACGGGUGGCCAUCAGACAACGUUCCAUACGCAGCACGGCGAGGUGUACGAGGUUGACUGGUCACGGCCGUGGAAGCGCAUCGACAUGAUCCCAGCCCUCGAGGAGGCCACGGGCGAAACGUUCCCCCCGGGCGACCAGCUGCAUACAGCGGAAACAAAUGAAUUCCUCAAACGGGUCCUUAAGAAGGUCAAUGUGACGUGUCCGCCCCCGGAGACUAACGCGCGCAUGCUUGACAAGCUGGUUGGCGAGUUCAUCGAGGAGAAGUGCAUCAACCCGACCUUCAUCACGGGCCACCCGCAAAUGAUGUCCCCCUUGGCCAAGUACCACCGAUCGCAGCCGGGCCUCUGCGAGCGAUUUGAGGCGUUUGUGUGUAAGAAGGAGAUCGUCAAUGCGUACACCGAGUUGAACGAUCCGUUCGACCAGCGCCUGCGUUUUGAGGAGCAGGCGCGCCAGAAGGCACAAGGCGACGAUGAGGCGCAGAUGGUUGACGAGAACUUCUGCACGAGUCUGGAAUUCGGGCUUCCCCCGACUGGUGGCUGGGGCAUGGGCAUCGACCGCAUAGUCAUGUUUUUGACGGACAACUACACCAUCCGCGAGGUCCUGGCGUUCCCGUUCAUGAGGGAGGAGAAGCCCGGCGAGAAGCCCAAGGAGCUAGCUGCCGAGAUCGCCGAUGUCAAGCCUCUCCCUGAAGAAGGGAUCGGUGAGUUUGGAUCUUCCCUUUGUGCACCAAGCGAGUGCUACUCUGCCAGUUUCAGAGCUCUGUGA